AUGCCUGUAAAGACAGUGGUCCGCCAGCAAAGCCAGACGCCCGCCCAGCAACUGCAGCAGCAGCGGCAGCGGGAUGUGGAGAACGGCCUUUAUCCAAAUAUACCACCCGAGCGGAGAUCGCCGCCCUCACGGCCCCAAACCCUGCGCCAGGACACCAUCGACAUGGAGGAGAUACCCCUCAAUCAGACAAUAUCGCAGGAGCCAGAGGAUCGGCGCAAGAUGAGGGAAGUAUUUGACAAGCACGACUCCGACCGCGAUGGCCUGAUCAGCACACACGAGCUGAAGGAGCUCAUUUCGGACGGCUACUGCCGGGAUAUACCCGCCUAUAUAGCCGAGCAGAUACUGCGCCGCAGCGAUGUGGACAACAAUGGGCAUCUGGACUUUGAGGAGUUCUACACGAUGUCGCUGCACCACAAAUGGAUGGUGCGCAAUAUCCUGGCCAGAUACUGCCGGUAUGUGGUGCCGCCGCCCAAGCCGCUGGAGGGCGAUGAGCCCGACGGUGCCUACGAGAAGCAAAUGUCUAUCUGCCCGCCGCCCCUCACCAUGGUCAUCUUCUCGAUCAUUGAGAUCAUCAUGUUUCUGGUGGAUGUUAUCCAUUUUCAGGACGAUCCCAACCACAACGAUCGACUGGGCGAGAGCACAAGCGGUCCGGCAGCGACGCUCUUUAUCUACAAUCCGUACAAGCGGUACGAGGCAUGGCGCUUCGUUAGCUACAUGUUCGUCCACGUGGGCAUCAUGCAUCUGAUGAUGAACCUGAUCAUUCAGAUAUUUCUGGGCAUUGCCUUGGAGCUUGUACAUCACUGGUGGCGCGUGGCGCUGGUGUAUCUGGCCGGCGUCCUGGCCGGGUCCAUGGGCACAUCGUUGACGAGUCCGCGCAUCUUUCUGGCCGGCGCCUCCGGCGGUGUCUACGCCUUGAUCACGGCGCAUAUCGCAACCAUCAUAAUGAACUACUCGGAGAUGGAAUACGCGAUAGUCCAACUGCUGGCCUUCCUCGUCUUUUGCUUCACCGAUCUGGGUACCUCUGUGUACCGCCACCUCACCGAUCAGCACGACCAGAUCGGUUAUGUGGCGCAUUUGUCUGGGGCCGUGGCCGGGCUGCUGGUGGGUAUCGGGGUGCUGCGCAAUCUUGAGGUGAGGCGCUGGGAGCGCAUCCUCUGGUGGGUGGCCGUCAUUUUCUACUUUGCGCUCAUGACCACCGGCAUCAUCAUUCACAUCUUUGUGCCCGACUACUUCCCCAAGCAGGAGUACAACUGAGAAAUGCCCGUGCGCCGUAUCGACCACAGAAAUAUGUAUGUAGCUUUAAGUCGUCGUCCCCUUAGCCCUAGACCUAAGAUGACCCCCUGUCCACCAAAGUGCACUUGAUGUGGAUGGUUGAAGCGGAGGCGCUGCGCUGUGCAACUGCAGCUGCAGGUCGCACAAUGCUUUAGCCUUGCCUGACCGCUAGCCGCCACCCGACACCGCCUGGACGUGUCGAGCCUGUGUGUGCUAUAUAAUUUAUUUUCGUACGACUAUUUUUUGAUGCCCUUUUGCCGAGAGUCGUCCCGAUCCUCUCAGAGACAACCGUCCACACAGAUGGAGUCUGUACGCACAGAUGUAUGCACGAGCAUGUGUGCAUAUUUAUACGUAUUUUAUAUAUAUUCUCGAUCGUCAUGAUCGUCAACGAAGCAACGAUUUGAAUGCACCCCAUAGACGGGGAUGCGUGUAUUCCCGUAUUCCCGACAGAGAACAAAACUCACUUGCAUUUUAAUUGUACAAUUUGCCUAUCUUUUAUAACUAUUUUACCGAACAAUAAAAAGGUAUCUUGCUCGAAAGAUACACAUCCAUAA